AUGGUCGCUGAUCUUCAUGCGUUUUCAGGACAAAGGAAAUUCUUGGAACCUUAUAUUAGACAUGUUGUGGCAUUAUCUAUCGCUUCAGGAAUUGAUACUUCGAAAUCUACUAUAUUGCUACAAAGCAAUUUUCCAGAAAUCCUGGAAUUGCAUUGGAUAUUAUCCUCCUUUAUUUCGCCAGAACGUCUAUGUAAGCUAAGCCAAUUUCGUAAUCGCACCUUGGAUGUUAAAAACAAAAAUAUUUCUACGAUGCUGUAUCCACUAUUGAUGGCAUCCGAUAUAUUGUUAUUCAAGGCAUGUCAUGUAAUCGCUGGACCUGAUCAAAUAAUACACCUUAACCUGACUAGAAAGAUUGCAAAAGUAUUAAACAACGCCAUUGGUUCGGAUCUUAUGCAGUUGCCAGAGUUGUUGUCCUUUGAUACGUUUAGAGUAAAGUCCCUUUCCGAUGGAAAUAGUAAAAUGUCAAAAUCUGAUGGCUGUAUUAUGAAUAGAAUAAGCAUGCUUGAUUCGGACGACGUUAUACACAGAAAGGUGAAAGCCGCGAAAACAGAAACACAGAGCGAAAAUGGUCAACAUUCCCCAGAAGUUACGAAUUUGUUGAACAUUUAUAGUUUUUUUUCAAACAAGACAACUGAGCAAAUUUUAAGUGAGCACAGCUCAACACAGCUUUCUCUAAUGAAAGAGAAAAUGGCAGAAGCUGUGAUCGAUCGUUUGAAACCAAUUAGAGACAAAUAUUUUGAGAUAAUUGAGGACAAGAAUUACCUCCACAACAUCCUGAAACUAGGAAGAGAAAGACUGAAACCAAGUGUAUCUUUAGUAUUGAACGAAUUGAAGUACUUAUUGGGACAUUUUGGCACCAAAUGUCCACGAUGA